UAGACCAUGCACCCCAAUCCAAGGAAGUAGCCUAUAUAUAUCCACUCAACUUCCCAUCUUCAUUCUCAUCAUCAUAUCAAGAUCAAACCCUACCAUCGGCUUCAAAUCGGCCCGAUUUGAUCCGGUGGUAGGUUCUGAUACAUAUACACAUACACGUGUAAUACAGUCUGGUGGCCGGAAUCUGAUCUAAAUGGAUAAGGUGCGGAGGUUAACGGCCGAUAACGGCGUCCUGAUCUUCAGCAAAACCACGUGUUGCCUCUGCUACGCGGUGGACAUCCUGUUCCAGGAACUCCGGGUGGAGCCGCGCGUGCACAACAUCGACCUCGAUCCCGACGGCAAGGAAAUCGAGAAGGCCCUGCUGGCCAUGGGCUGCGCUAAUGCGGUGGUCCCGGCCGUCUUCAUUGGCGGCAAGCUCGUGGGCUCCACCAACGAGGUCAUGUCUCUCCACCUCAGCGGCUCCCUCCUCCAACUCCUCAAACCUUAUCAGCUCCUCCACCAUUAGCCUCAGCUCCUAGCUGCGCUAGCUUCAACUCAGCCGCCGCCGCCAUCUAUCCUGUCCUAGAAGUUCCGACAAUAAACAAACUGAAUCCAUAUAUAUAUAUAUAUACAUAUAUAGAACAGGAGUUGUGUCAGCUAACUUAUGUUUUUUUUUUUAAUAUAUAUAAAAAAAUUAUUUUAAAAAUAAUAAACAGAAAAAAAAAAGGCUAUAAAAAUCUACAACUAGUAGCUAGAAAUGAUAGAAUUUGAAUGGUUCUAUGUAUCUAUAUAUAUAUAUAUUCAUCAUCCAUGCAUGUCACCCUAUAUAUAUAAAGUAGAGAUACCAAUAAAUGCAAGAAAAUUAAAGUGUGUCGUUUUAUUUAUUAUUAUAUAAUUUCUAAUGCAGUUUAUACAUAAAUAAAUUGUAUUUUGCAAAUUCCAUGAA